UGUGAACAGACGCUCAGUGUGUGAUCGCCGCGGGUUUGUCCGUGGCUCCGGCUGCGCGCAGGGCGGGCCUCUCCGGGUCCCCUGCAGUUAUUGGCUCGGUGCGGUUUCCUUGGGGACGUGGCGCCGCCAGCAGCCGGGCCUCCUUCCGGCUGUGUUGGGAGCCACGGGGAACAGCUGAGGACCAGGCCGGGCUGUGCAGAGGGACGAGCGGGCCUCGGGAUCCCGCUGCAGUCUUAGGAGAUGCCUGGGACUAGGAGACCACCCUCUCAGAGCAAAAGGAAACGGAGGUGACAGACGUCGAGACCACUAAAGGGAACCCAUGGCUAGGAUCAGUUUUUCCUACCUCUGCCCAGCUUCGUGGUACUUUACUGUGCCCACAGUGAGCCCAUUUCUCCGUCAGCGGGUGGCGUUCCUGGGACUCUUCUUUAUACCCUGUCUCCUUUUACUCCUAUUAAUCAUGGAUUUACGACAUUGGGCCACUUCGUUACCACGAGAUAGGCAGUAUGAGAGGUAUUUGGCUCGGGUUGGAGACCUCGAAGCCACCAACACGGAAGACCCAAAUCUGAAUUAUGGACUCGUAGUUGACUGUGGCAGCAGCGGUUCCCGGAUUUUUGUUUACUUCUGGCCAAGGCAUAAUGGGAACCCCCAUGACUUGCUGGACAUCAAACAGAUGAGAGACCGGAACAGCCAGCCUGUGGUUAAGAAAAUAAAGCCAGGGAUCUCCGCAAUGGCAGACACUCCAGAACAUGCUAGUGAUUACCUUCGACCUCUGCUGAGCUUCGCUGCCGCUCACGUGCCUGUGAAGAAGCACAGGGAGACACCCCUUUACAUCCUCUGCACAGCGGGCAUGAGGCUGCUCCCCGAGAGGCAGCAGUUGGCUAUCUUGGCAGAUUUAGUGAAAGAUUUGCCGUUGGAGUUUGACUUCCUCUUUUCACAGUCUCAGGCCGAAGUGAUCUCUGGGAAGCAGGAAGGAGUUUAUGCAUGGAUUGGAAUCAACUUUGUUUUGGGAAGAUUUGAUCAUGAAGAUGAGUCAGAUGCAGACACUUCGGUGGACUCAGCAGCAGGCCGCAGGAGGACAGUGGGGAUCCUGGACAUGGGAGGGGCCUCUCUCCAAAUUGCCUACGAAGUUCCUACCUCAGCCUCCGUCCUUCCUCCCAAACAGGAAGAAGCUGCCAAGAUCCUGCUGGCUGAGUUCAACCUGGGCUGUGACGUGCAGCACACGGAACAUGUGUACAGGGUUUACGUCACCACCUUUCUGGGCUUUGGGGGCAACUUUGCCCGGCAGCGCUAUGAAGAUCUUGUGCUGAAUGAAACGCUUAGCAAAAACAGACUGCUGGGACAGAAGACGGGCCUGAGUCCUGACAAUCCCUUCCUGGACCCCUGCCUGCCUGUGGGCCUCACAGAUGUGGUGGAGAGGAACAGCCAGGUCCUUCACGUCAGAGGAAAGGGAGACUGGGCCACUUGUCGGGCGAUGCUGAGCCCCCUGCUGGCCCGCUCCAACACCAGCCAGGCCUCCCUGAACGGCAUUUACCAGUCCCCAAUAGACUUUAACAACAGCGAGUUCUACGGCUUCUCCGAGUUCUUCUACUGUACCGAGGAUGUGCUGCGCAUCGGUGGCCGCUACCAUGGGCCGACGUUUGCCAAGGCUGCUCAGGAUUACUGUGGCAUGGCUUGGUCGGUGCUAGCCCAGAGAUUCAAGAAUGGCCUCUUUUCUUCACAUGCAGAUGAACAUCGACUCAAGUAUCAGUGUUUUAAGUCUGCUUGGAUGUACGAAGUCCUGCAUGAGGGCUUCCACUUCCCCUACGACUACCCAAACCUGCAGACAGCACAGCUGGUUUAUGACAGAGAGGUGCAGUGGACGCUGGGAGCAAUUCUGUAUAAAACCCGAUUCCUGCCUCUCAGGGACCUCAGACAGGGAGGAGUCCGGCAAGCCCAUGGCAGCUGGUUCCGCCUUUCCUUUGUCUACAACCACUAUCUCUUCUUUGCUUGUACCUUGGUGGUGCUUCUGGCCAUCGUCCUGUACCUUCUGCGCAUCCACAGAAUUCACCGCAGACAAACCCGAGCCUCGGCUCCACUGGACCUGCUGUGGAUCGAGCAAGUGGUGCCGAUGAUUGGGGUACAGGUGGGGCCGUGAGGCUGGAGCGGAAGUGGAGAACCUCCAGUUCCUUCGGAUUGCUGCUGCUGCUGCUGCUUACCGAAUUCCUCCACUUUCUCCAGCUGGCCUCUGAUGCUGCUUUGGCCUGCGAAUUUCUACUUUUUUCACUUUAAAUUUCUUUUUGGUGCCCAGGACGGGACCUCUUUCAGAAGCCGCAAUUUAACUUCGAGGAACUAAAUGUUGAGAGAGGCUGGUGCUAAGCUUAGCCCAAAUGAAGCAUGCAUCUCCUUUAUCUCAGAAAUCUGACCUGUUUCUGGAACGUAGCAUUCCCUCCUCCCUCCCCGCCCCCCCCCCCCCCGCCCCCUUGCUGAAGCAAGUUUUUGAUUGGGCAACCGGAGGCAUGGUUGAAACCAGUUUGAAUUGACUGCUACGAAGCCAGAGACAUUCCAGCAAGUGCAGUUGCCCGUUUUCUCUGUAACAGAGAGAUCCUUAUGUGGAGAUCCACAGCCUUGAAUAGGGACCCACGAUUUCCCAGGUUCAGUGGACCAGAUUCCAAGGCAACCAAAAUGAUACAACUUCCUUGCUUACUUGAUAAGCCAUUGUGGGUGUGCCCGGAAAUCCCUGGCAGUGUUGUUGAUUUUGUUAUAUAGAUCUGAGAGGUUACAGCACCUUUGAAAUGAAUGACUUAGUGAAGAUCUGACAGUAUUUUAUCUGAUACUUGGUCUGACCAGUAUAGAAAACAUAUCCAUGUCUAUGUGCCUCACAGGCUGCUUGGGCAUUAAUGUUGCCUUUUGAGCCUUACGUGUGCUUAUAGAAUGGAGAAACCGUGAUGGGAACCCGGGACCUAGGUUUGCCUGUUUUGGGUUACUGUCUCACAGGCAUGUAGUGUGCAGGAGAUUCAGAGUGACUUCCCUCACUUCACUGCUAAGAUCUUAUGCAUAUUUUGGGAAGGGAUGUAUUUGUUUUGUUUUGUUUUGUUUUGUUUUAAGAAAGAAUAGCAUCAGGAGAGUGGGCAAAGGCAAUAAAAUCCAAGGUUUUGGUUUUGGUUUUUCAUUUUUCCUGUUUUUUUGA